AUAAAUCACGUUGUAAUUAUUGAUAAGGAAAACCUAUAAAACAUUUGACAAAUUUUGUAUUCGUUCCAUUAAUAGCAGGCUUCGUUGAAACCAAUAAAAUCCUUCAUAAAAGAAAAAUGUCAGCAACAUCAUCUAAUACCAGCUUUUGCCCAUUUGGGGUAUGUGUGAUGCUUUUACUCACUCCUUUUCUGUCGUUUACAGAAGGUGCCCAUUAUCACACCAACCGCUUGCUGCUUACUACAGCCAAAAAUGACACGUCUGCAUCAACCGAAGUAACUGCAUCAAAAACCAAUGAAACGCUACCUGCAAACAUUAGUUCAGCAUCUAACAUCACAGUCAGUAUAGAAAUCGCUUCAAGUUCACCAAUCUUAGAUUCAACCAUCGAAGGAGUGUACGCUACUUACAACAAGACCUGCUAUCAGUGUUUGUACGAGCAGCAAUUGGAGAACGCCAUAUACAAAAUACUGAAUAACGAAUCGCUGAAGAUUGCGCCUCCUAAUAAUACGUGUUCUCAGUGUCUGAUGAUGGAGGAGUUUUCAAAUAAAACCCAAUCCGUUGGAUGCAUGUGUGGCAUUUACACCACAGAAAACCCUUCUGUGAACGAUAUACCACUAAGGACGAAAAGUUUCAAAAACAUAUCGUGCCACGAAUUGGUUCCGUUCGAAGAGGCUUGCAAGAAAGUAUGUAUUUUGGGUACGUUGUCCUACAACGAAUUGGAACCAUCGACUUUAUGCUACCAUAUGCCUUCUGGAAUUGAAAUAAAAGGUUACGUGCAAGCCAAAAUAUGCAGAGAGGACGCACCUUGGGUUUUUACAGGACUGGCCUCGUCGAAUGCGAUCUGCUGCGACAGGGGGCUGCCCGUAAACUGCCUGAAUUAAACGCACCGGAUUGCGUGAAAUGGUGUCAAUUUUCCGUAGUCUUUGGCCUCGUCGGUUUUUGCCAGGAAUUUUUCUUCUUGUCGAUAUGUGUUUUGUAUUUUUUCGAUUUUAUAUUCGUUGACGAUCAUAGCAUUCCAUGGAUUUUGAGAUUUUUGGUAUAAUAAAAUGUUUUUAUAGUGUAACGGCUUUAAUUUCG